AUGGGGGCGGACGCAGCAGACACAGACGCCGAAGUCGCCGCUUCCCUUUCCUAUCAUGACCGGCCAAUCAGCGACAAGGACCCCAACGCGCGACCAGAAUGCUUCACAUCGACGUUCCAAGAAUGCAUGUUCAUCGCCUCGGUGACCAUGGCCGUGGCCAUGACGAGCUUCCUAACUGGGUCAAUCACAGUCAUGAGUUCCUUCGCUGCACGGGACCUCAACAUGACGAACGCGGAAAUCACAUGGAUGAAUGCAGCGACAUCACUCACAGCAGGAUCCCUCCUCCUCUUCUUCGGCAGCGUAGCCGACCUCUUCGGCCGCAAAACCAUGUUCAUAGCCUCCAUGUUCCUCUUCUCCGUCUUCUGUCUCGGCGCCGGUUUCUCCACCUCAGGCAUGACUUUGGAUAUCCUCUGCGGCGUGCUAGGCAUCUUCUCCGCGUCCUCGGUGCCCCCAGCCCAGGGUAUGCUCGGCGCCAUCUACGAGUUGCCCAGCCGAAGGAAGAACCGCGCUUUUGGUUGUUUCAGCGCGGGAAACCCCAUGGGCUUUGUUUUUGGGACUAUCUUGUCGGGACUGUUCACGCAGGUGUUUAGUUGGAGAGCGGGGUUUUGGUUACUUGCUAUUGUGUACUUUGUGACUAGUAUUGUUGCGGCCUUUACGGUGCCGAGGGAUGGGACGCCCAAGAGGAGGUUGGAUGCCGAGACGGUUAAGAGGUUGGAUUUGCCGGGGACGGGGUUGACGGUGCUGGGGAUUGGGAUGUUUUGUGCGGCGUUGAGUCUCGGAGGCGAUGCACCGCAAGGGUUGAAGACGCCGUAUGUUCUUGUCCUACUGAUCCUAGGUCUUAUCCUCAUUGCGGCAUUUGUCGUAUGGGAGAUCAAAUAUCCGUAUGCUAUGAUCGACAUGAAGAUCUGGUACGAUCGGGACUUUUCCCUUCUCCUCACCAUCCUCUCCUGCGGUUUCCUCGGCUUCCCCAUCUUCUCCUUCUGGAUCGCACUCUACUUCCAAACCCAACUCAACUACAACGCUCUCAUGACAGGCGUGCACAUGCUCCCCAUGGUAAUCGUAGGUCUAACCGCCAACGCCGUCGCCGCCCUCGUCCAACACAAAGUCUCCAACAAACUGCUUGUGGGUAUCGGUGCCGCCGCUCUAACCGUUUCCUUCAUUCUAGCUGCCGUGCAGAGGUACGGAGACUCGUAUUGGGCGUUUUCUUUCCCGGCGCUGUGUUUGUGUGUUGUUGGGGUGGAUUUCCAGUUCAUUGUCGCUAAUAUGUACGUUCUCUCAUCCAUGCCCACGAACAAACAAUCCAUUGCCGGGUCGCUGUUCCAGACUCUGACUCGGCUGUGUACUGCGAUUGCGUAUGGUGCCGCGACUGCCAUAUUCGAUGCCGUUCAAAGACGUCCUGCUACCUCGGGCUACUACGCGAGAAAUGCUGCUGAGCCGUUUGCGGCGGUGUUUUGGUUUGCGGCUGCGGCAUCAGUACCUGGGCUUCUUCUUGUUCCCUUUCUGAGGAUUGGUACGCAGGGGCAUACGGGGGAUACUGGGAGGGUUAAAGUGGGUGGGGAUGAUGGGCAUGUUGUUGCUGCUGUCAGCGAGAAGCAUGGACGGAGUGAUGUGGAGGAGAGAGGAGAAGUGGUGUAA